AUGUGGAAGAGAUUCCAAAGAAGAAAAAAGAAUGGAAGAAGAAAGUCCAAGAAGAUGACACAAGAAGUCAAGAAGCUCAUUUUAAAGCCUCAGCCAGGAACCGACUUUUACUUGAAGCUGGAAGAAGCCGRUAUGGGUAUACAUAAGCUGUUUUUGUCCUCAAGAUUCCCAGCGCACAUGUUUCUUUCAGUGUUAAUGAUUAUAUUAAGUGUUACUGGUAUAACAUUUAAUGUACUUGUCUGUAUCGUAAUGAAACGAUCCAAGAGACUCAUGAAGGUGGUAUCCAACUUUUUCAUACUACAUCUCAGUGUUGUGGAGGUUGCAUUCCGAUUGUAUUUGAUGAUAAACACAAUUUAUUUCCUUUCCACUGGAAAUGACAUGCAAGAAGCUGUUUGUAUCACGAUUCAUUCAAUAUCUGAUGUCUUAGCUGGCGCAAUAUUUUGCUUGCUUGCUGGCAUUGCCUUGGAUCGCUUCGUGAACAUUGCAUACCCUUUCCAAGGUCUUAUUAUAAUGGCAAAGUGGAGACUGAAAGGCUCACUUAUUGUAUGGACGUAUGCUUUAUUGACGGGCUUUCUGACMAAACCAUUUUCAGUUGAAAAAAUGAAAAUUGGCAGAGACAGAAACAUUAGAAAUAUAACUGAAAAGUAUUUUCGGUACUUCUGCGACGCAAGACAGACUACCAUGUCCCUCGUUCGAUUCUGCGUUUACCCACUUCUGGCAGGAUUUGGUCUUAUUGACGAUUUCAAUACCAAGAUAAAGUUUAAAAUGGUUUCUAAUAUAAUGAUGCGAGUUAGUUCCAUAUUGAUACCUUUUAUAUAUGCAUUUUAUAAUCCGAAAUUUAGAAGGGAGCUCUUUAGGGUAUUGAGAAUGAGAAAAACCGCGAACAGUCUCUCKCGUGCAGAGAACCUYUCAACAAGCACUUCGACAAYUCCUUUGAAAAAGUUGUCUAUACAAUCAAGUACUUCUAUUCAGUCAAUGUUUUUACAAGCACAAGGUAUUGAAUUACAUAAAAUAACGCUUUAUUGAAAAGUAUUUCAUGCUUUAAAGAAUCCUAACCAAACCACAAUACAGCGCGCGCUCGUGCAAUUUACAUACGUUUUAAAUGCGUCAAGCAUACAAUAGAUUACAGAUUGAUAUUACCUGUGAGGUACUUAGUUAAAGGUAUUUCUGUCCAAACUGAAAGGAUAGAAGACGAUU